GCCUGGGGCGUGGGUGGCUCGAGGCGACACUCGUGAGGCUGCGUCUCCAGCCCACUCCUCCCUCCCUCGGCACUCGGGGGCGGGAGUGACGGGGUGGGAGUCACCGAGCGUGACUGCCCGCCGCCCCUCCUGCCGCGGAGAGGGAGCGCCAUAAAAGGCCCUUGCGCCCCGCUAUCGGCACCCGGUCAGCCAAGUCCUGCCCUCGGAGACGCGCGCCCGACAGCAGAGCUCUCGCCGCCCAGCCACACCUGCCCGCCAGCCACCAUGCUGGGUAGCAAGCGCCUGGGGCUCUCCGGGCUGACCCUCGCCCUGUCCCUGCUCGCCUGCCUGGGCGCCCUGAUCGAAGCGUACCCCUCCAAGCCGGACAACCCCGGAGAGGACGCGCCGGCGGAAGACAUGGCCAGAUAUUACUCGGCGCUGCGACACUACAUCAACCUCAUCACCAGGCAGAGAUAUGGCAAACGAUCCAGCCCUGAUACACUGAUUUCAGACCUCUUGAUGAGAGAAAGCACCGAAAAUGUUCCCAGAACUAGGCUGGAAGAACCUUCAAUGUGGUAAUGGAAAACGAAACCAGCUCUCCAGUUUUUGCCUCUUCAGCCCUAUUUUUUCCUGUAAAACUAGAGUCACCUGAGCCCCCACCCCUUGCAUGCAGCCACUGUGCUCCACUCUGCAUUCUCCCUCUGUUGUCCCUGUAUAUAUGUGCAUUUAAAUAAAGUUUCAUGCAUUCAA